UGACCUCACUAUAAUAAUGGAGCGGUACUUCUUUGCGGUCGCGGUAUUUUGGUGUUUGAUUGAACAGCUGGAGUGUACGACUCAACUCACAGCCUCCACUACACCUCAGUACUUCUACAGCAACAACUACCCCAGCAACUAUCCAAACAACCUGUUGGAAAAAUGGGAAAUCACCACUUCCGUUUCCGGUCACGUGAUAAAUGCGGCAGCUGUCGACCAGGCCAUUGAAUACGCAUUAACCUGUCGCUACGAUAAACUCAUGGCAUACAGCGGGUUAUCGAGUGCAGCAGGAAGUUACAGUCACCUGGAGACGACGUGCGGGUUUUCGCGCCUGCGCACAUCCAGCACGGGUCCGUCAAUGACGAUCAUAUUCACCACAGACUCGUCACAAACAGCGCGUGGAUUCAAAAUCAAAUACUGGAGUAGCUCCUACAGCUUCGCUCUGCUGACAACAACGACGUCGUCGUCCCUCACGCUGGCGAGAGGUGGAACUAACCUCUAUCUCGUCCUCGUCAUGGUGAUCGUGGCGGCUGUCGUCAUCACAUUGGGCAUCCCCGUGUACCUGAAGUACAGAAAACGCGCUGGUGCCCACCGUUUCCCGCGGAAAACCGUCAGCAAGACCAUCGCACGAAACCCACAGGGGCAGAUCGUCACGAAAUACCAAACGAAGUUCAUACCGAGACACGUGCAGCACAAGCACACGAAUCCAAAAAUAUCACCCCACCCUCCUCCGCCACAGCCGCCACCCCCUCUAUAUCCCGGACCGUUAGUAGAUCCAGCGUAUCCACCUAAUGUGUCCAGUUCUGGUGGUCCCCAUGGUCCCUCUGCUCCCCCGAUGGAACCAGGAGAUUUCGUCCCUGCGGCGUUUAAUUAUGUUCCCCCACCCUCCGAGAUGAAAACGUAUGGGACAGCGGUCUAUCCCCCGCAGUAUGGUAUGACGUAAUGAUUCCAAUCUAUAAUUGCUUGUUUGUGUUGUUAGAAGUGUUUGGAUUGGAUAAAUUGAUGUCACGUGAUUUAAAGUCGCUAUAUUCAUGUUGAGCCACUACAAACACCAGAAUGACCAAAUUUGUUAAGGGGCGGGAAGUAGCCCAGUGGUAAAGCAUUCGACUGAUGCGCGGUCGGUCUAGGAUCGAUCCCCGUCAGUGGGCUCAUUGGGCAA